AUGUCGCUCACCUCAACGGAGGAUUGGAACGAAACCUUGUCGAUGUUGGGCUUGAACUCGACCAUGGCGUCUAAUGUUGUUUUGAACCCAACCAAGAGGCACGUGACUAUCGCUUCUCAGAUGGUGCUCACCCUUGUAUACUUUACCGGUGUAAUUGGCAACGUGUCGGCUCUAGUCAUACUUUUCCAUCGUGAUAAGAGGAGAAAUCGAAAGCAUUUGCUGAUGCUGCGAUGUUUAGCAACGAACGAUCUCGUUGCGCUAUUGGGGAUGCUGGUACAGAUGUACAUCACGAUUUACGUGGGCAGCGUUAUGUCCACAAGGGGGUUUUGCUCCCUUCGUGUCGUUUGGAGGCUAUUCGGUUUGUUCAGCGGCUGCGUGGCGAUCGUAAUGGCUGCUGAGAGGUGGCUGGCCUUGACUAGACCCUUCGUCUAUCAGAAGCAGGUGACGUAUCCGGUAAUUGUACGAUGUAUGCUGGUACUUUGGUUGAUUGCCCUCGCGUUGACUAGCUUGCCGGUUUUGGGUUUUGGUUUGUACUACAAAGGGGAACGAUGCGUUCGAUACAGGGAAGCUACUGACCCGGCCGACAUUGCUUACGCCUACGUUUGGUUUGUUUUCGGUACCGGCCUCUGCUUGUCUAUAGUCUGGUGCAAUUUAGCCGUUUCCAGAGCACUUAGCAGGUUAAAUCGAAAGGCCGGCGCCCUACGCCGCGUAACAAGAUCCUCUUCAAGAGCGAAACCGCUUUUGACGGUGGCUGGCCCACCGUCGGAAGUCGUCACAACGGCCGAGGAAAGGGCGUUCGCGAGACUGAUGGCGGUGCUAUCGAUAUCGUUCGUUAUUUGUUGGAUGCCGCAAAUGAUGUCCAUUCCAUUGGCCCAGUUGGCGAUGCAAUUGCCUCAGAAAGCAAUAGUCGCUCGUAAAGCGAUUCGUAUGUUUCACGUGGCCGCAGACAUCCUACUCUGCAUUCACUUCACCCUGGAUCCAUACAUCUACGUGCUACUGAGGAUGCCCAGGCCAAGAUUCCGCCUUCUGAAACCACUUUGCAAAAUUUGCUGGCCGGGUAGAAGCCGGUCGAGUUCAUAUACAGGGACCACCGAUCACCAGGGUAGCAGUGGUGAUCCAUCGACCCCGAUCACCGAAGCACCCUCCACGCCUGUCAGCGAGGAGCACGAAACCCAGUUAGUGGCAGUGUCGGACUGA